UACUGCUACUACUGCUCCGUUUGCCUGCUUCGUAAUUAUAUAUUUUUGUUUUGCUUCACGACAGCUGUAGCGCUUUGGCCUUGAGAGUAAGAGAUUUACAUUACUAAUUCGAAGCUUGAACUGGACUUACCCGUGCCGGGCCGAGCCGGGAUUGAAGUUCGCACUCCGCCACGCAGUCGUCUUGUCGAUGGGUACUUCCUGGGUCCGCGAUUGCGCUGGAGCGUGCGAAUUCACUUAAAACCGGCCGAAAGUGGAAUGAUAUUUGUUAACACCUUUGUUAGUGUAUCGCUUCGAUGUUCUGAUUAGCACUUCCAUAACGCAUGACGGACUCACUGCAUGGCCUGUUCCUGGUAGCAUACUCUGCAUGCCUGUCUGACUGGACUGAUAAGCACAUAGCCCUUGAGUGGUCUAACAGUAACCUACCGGAAUGGAAAAGCAAAAACGAAUAAUAAUCCAAACCAUGGGCACGCGAUGACCCAAUGUCCCUGGAGGGUUUUACCUUCCCUCAAUAUAAAAAAUCAUUCUCCGUAAUUAAGUUUACGUAAGAUCAAUUCACCACCCCACUGGAGUCGAUUGGCACGGCAAUGGCCAACUUCAAAUGUUGGGCAUGUCCGUAGCCGAAAUCAGUUCGAUUUGGUUCGUACCCAGGACAUCAGGGCAUUUCGUUUCCAACCAGAACCAGAACGAAAACAAACGAAUCGAGCCAAGGAUCGAAGGAUACUGUCAGUGACCGGUGUGGCAUACGGUGUGGUAUUGUGUGUGGUGGUGAACCCGGGGAAGGCCGCCUCGAUCCAGCGAUGGAUAAAGCAUCGGCCCCCGACAAGGAGAGUGCGAAGCGGAUGGUGGAAGAUGACGAUGGCGCUGAUGGAGAUGAGAGCAGCAUCGAGGAUAAUGACGGCGAUAGUGAUGCCAGUGUCAGUGUUCCGGUUGCUGGUCCACGGAUUGUGCUCAACUUGGCAGCCGGAGCACUCGCUGGAGUGGGUUUGAAGCCCUCGGUACCGCCGCCGCCACUGCCGCUAGUGGACGUAUCAUCACCGAGUUCACUGUCGCCCGUCGGAUCACCGGAAAAAUCCUGGUCGGUAGACUACAGCAGUGCCUCGUCGGAGAACCUUGACCACGAGGAGGACAGCCGCGGUGGUGGACGCACCCCACCGCUCUGCUUUACCACCUUCGUCGAACAGCAAACGGCCGCCCGGGCCCUAGUCACCGAAAAGGAAAACGAGAAAAAGGCUAAGAAAGCUCGCAAAAAGGCGAAAAAGCGCAGUAGCCAGGAUCGGACACGUGACUCGGCCAACCAACCGUCCAACCUGGCCGCCAGCCUGUUCGGUGGUUCGGGUUCGACCGUAAUUCGAUUAGUGCCGGCAUCGGUCGACAUCUUGCAAACGCUGCUCGACAUCAAAUCCGAACCGCGUGGUCGAUCGGCAUCGCUGAACGUGAACGGUACGGUUGGCAGCAUCAGUGGCAGUAGCGUUGGGGGGUACGCAUCGGAACCGGAAACUCCUGCAGCACGCAGGAGCACUGCUGCCACCAUGCCCGUAGAGGUCGCGGAACCAUCGACAACGGACCAAUCAUCCGGUGGUAGUGAGGCGGCCGCACUCGGUAGCUCGGAAGACGUUCGAGCGGCCCCGGUUCGGGCAAUGGCCACUCUGGCGGUACCGGAACCGAUCGACGAUGAUACGCAAACGGGCGAUGAAGUGGACGAGCUGGAGAACGAAGAUGAGGGAUUGCUUCACUUGGCCCGUCUCGCUCGUCGCGUCAAGUUCGAACGCAUCGUGAUCGAUUACGAGCGGGAUGUUGCUAAAUCCAACUCCGGUGGUGAUGCGAACGGACGCCAGAUACGCUGCACUCCGGACUGGAGCGAGAACGCCAUUUCCGGUGAUCAUCUGUGGGUGCCAACGUCCGUCUCCGGUGAAUGCUGCAGCCUGGGUGAAGCCGAUUGUGUGAAACACGGACUGCGGAUGAAGUGCUCGGCAUGCAAAACUAUUGUCCACACCAACUGCAUCAACGCACUGACGGGAAAGAGCCAGCUGCAGUGUAAACCGACGUUCCGUGACGUCGGUGUGCGGCAGUACCGGGAGCAGACGAUGACCACUCACCACUGGCUACCGCGCCGCACCGAGAAGGGCAAGUGCAAGCAGUGCAGUAAGGCUAUCCAAGCGAAGCUCUCCUUCAGCUCGAAAGAGAUCGUAGCCCUGACGUGCGCCUGGUGUAAAGUAUCGUAUCACAACAAGGACUCCUGUUUCAACGCCGAGCGGAUCGGAGAAGAGUGUUCUCUAGGAACCCACAGCAGCAUCAUUGUGCCCCCGUCGUGGAUCGUGAAGCUUCCCCGAAAGGGUGACUUCAAGUCGUCCCUUCGCAAGACUCCGUUAAAGAAAAAACGGAGCUCCAAGGAUAGCUCGGUAGAACCGCGAACGUUUGCCAUUAAGCCAAUACCGACGGCCAACAUCACACCGGUGCUGGUGUUCAUCAAUCCCAAGUCCGGCGGAAACCAGGGUGCUAA